CACUAGGCUAUCACCAUGAUGUCCACAUUACAGUGUAUAUGGAUGCACAGGUCCCUGGACCACUGGCAGCAGGUGCCACCUGAUGUUUCUAUGACAACACGUCACCUGGACAACGGCUGUUGUUGUUGUUUACCCACAACUCACAGUUGGACCGAGCGGACGGACGUCUACAGGAUCCCAGAGAUAGCGGCUUCUAGAGGAAGAGGAGACGGCGAGAAGGAGAAGAUGAAGAGGGAAGAGGAGCAGAUGGAGAGCGGAGAGAAGAGAGAAGAGGAGAGGAAGAGUGAAGAGGAGAGUGAAGAGGUGGAGAAGAGAGGAGAGAAGAGGAAGAGAGAAGAGGAGGAGGAGAAGAGAGAAGAGAAGAGGAAGAGAGAAGAGGGGAGCGAGGAGGUGGAGAAGACAGGUCAGAAGAGGAAGAGAGAAGAGGAGAGUGAAGAGGAGGAGAAGAGAGAAGAGAAGAGGAAGAAGGUGGAAGAGAGUGAGGAGGUGGAGAAAAAGAGGAGAGGAGAGGAUGCCAGAGUAUUGGAGGAUGAGGAGCCAAGACCAGGCACCAGCCAGGACCCCGGAACAUCAAGCAACUACCCCAAAUUUAACAUCACACACCUAACUGUCCAUCAGGUAUUGGGUAGGGGCAGCUUUGGAGUGGUGGGCCUGGCAUCAGUCCCCGGCCGAAACAACUACGUCGCCAUAAAAGGAAUCACCAAAACAGCGAACAAUGCAGCAACCCUACAGAGAGAGCGACGGAUACUCAUGCUGGCCCGAGACUGCCCGUUCCUGUGUCACCUGUAUGCUGCACAGCAGUCUCAGGACAAUGCCUUCUUCAUCACCGAGUAUCUGUCCGGCGGCAGCCUGGAGGCUUUGCUCAGAAUGUGCAGCAGUCUGAACACCGACACAGUAAGGUUUUACACAGCUGAGAUUGCAUGUGGCCUCCAGUUCCUUCACAGACAGAACAUCGUCCACCGAGAUAUCAAGCCAGAUAACAUCAUGCUGGAUAAAGAUGGACACAUCCGCAUCAUAGAUCUCGGAGUUGCCCAAGAUGGUGUCACCUUCUCCAACAAGAUCCAAGGAGUGACGGGCACAUUACCUUACAUGGCCCCAGAGGUGCUCCAGAGGAAGGACUACUAUGCAGCAGUUGACUGGUGGAGCCUGGGGAUUGUUGUAUCCCGGAUGUCAGCAGGUCGUUCCCCAUUCUACUUUGGCUGCAACAGAGAAAUGGCUCGCAAUUCCAUCACCAGAGAGAAGCCUAAUAUUCCAUCUUGGCUCCCUGCUGACCUGAAACAUCUGAUCAAGCAACUGCUGCGCAAGAAUCCUGAGAAGCGGCUGGGUGUGAACAGGAGCAUCAGAGGCCACCCAUUCUUCACCACCAUCAACUGGGAGGAACUGGAGCAGAGGAGAACACAGCCACCAUUUACACCAUUCAAGGCAGCUCUGAAGAAGGGACACCUGCCGUGGCCAGAGGUAGAGACAGCUCUUCACCCCUUGGAAGGAUUCUCUUUCAUAGCUCCAAGCUGGGAAUGGUAAGAUCAGCCCACGGCCCAGAGCUCUGUGCCAUCUCUACCAUCUGAGUGCUGCAGAUUUCCAUCAAGAUGUUACCCUGGAUCUUAGCUCUACAUCCAUCAAUAUCUGGCACCUUCUGAAGACCCUCUGCACCCAGGAGAGGCCUGUGCUUGUAACACCUCAGCACAGGCCGGUAAGUAUCACACAUCAUCACACAUACAUUAGGAUCACACACAUACAGGUAGAUAGAAAUAUACACACAGGUACAUAUAUAGAUAGUAUAGACACAUACACACAGACACACACAACAGAUAGGGGUAGACAUCGGCUUUGAUCCUGGGACUUGUUCCGAUCGCCAUAUUUGGGGUCAGGAAGGAAUUUUUCCCCUUUGAGGACAAUUGGCUUAUUCCUCAAGGGGGUUUUGCCUUCCUUGGGAUCAUCUCGGCCAUAAUUAGGAAAUAUUCCCACAAAUAGCAAUGUAUAAAAAUAAAUAAUAAAACUAGUAUAAUAUGUGAGGAUUUUAUAUAAAAUAAUACAUAUUAGUUUUCCAUAUUAGAUAGGUCAGGUACUGGCUUUUGAUCCUGGGACUUGUUCCGAUCGCCAUAUUUGGGGUCAGGAAGGAAUUUUCCCCCCUUACAUAAGGAUAAUUGGCUCUUUCCUCAAGGGGGUUUUCGCCUUCCUUAGGAUCAACACAGUAUAUAAUAAGGCUUUGCCUAUAAAUUUAUAUUUCACACAUAGCAAAAUAAAACAUAACACACAUUUCUGAAAUUUGCAGUAUCCCCAGUAUCCCCCUACUAGAACUAAAAUAAAAUGUCAUUUUUC